AUGGCAGAUACGAUUUUGCAACAGAAUUUCCCCGGUCCGACUAAUGACAGCAUGAUAAAGCAUGAUAAAAGUCUUGCUAGCCCUACCAGUUCAGAGAGCACUCUGCGCGAUUCUGGGACUGCAAUCUCUGCUGUUCCUGCAUCUACAGUAGUCUCCACUGUCGAUUCUGAAAACUGGAGGAUGGGUCUUCCGUCCUCACCGCGAUCGGAACGGCCUUUGGGAGCCCGUUCUACCGUCCGCGGGACCUCUCAAGAUUGGUCGAAGCUUAUUGCUCGAUCUGAGAAAAAAUUCGUUUGUCUGUUGUGCAGACGUUACAUAUACAGUGGACGAACAGAAGUUGUGUUUCACUCCGUGACAAGACAUCUGCUAUCCAGCGAAAUCGAGCACAACCUUUCACACUACGGUCGGCUGACGGAUUCAGUGAAACGUCGGAUAGGACACAACUUCGCAGAGGGGAUGCGUAUCCGUUCUGGUGUGCAUUACAAAGAUGCCAAACGCGUUGAGGCAGCUCUUUUCCGAUCCAUCGAACUGCACUUACGCUACACGCCAACGGAUGUAGCAAGGGAGUCAGGAAGCGAGGGUACACCCCGCUUUUUCUCCUGCUCUGGAUGUGGAGCUACUUUCUCCGAGAUUCAGGUGCAUCACGUUUAUUUUAUCUAG